AUGAAAUUCCUUUCCAUCCUGCAGUUAACAAUCGGCAUACCUCAGUCUAUACCUUUCUUUACAUCUAUCUAUCUAUAUAUCUAUCUAUCUAUCUCCCUAUUUAUUUAUCUAAAUCUGAUCAUUAUUUUUACGUUAUCUGUGUUUUAUGCCGACCUGUUUAUCUAUCUAUCUAUCUAUCUAUCUAUCUAUCUAUCUAUCUAUCUAUCUAUCUGUGAUCAUUAUUUUUUACGUUAUCUAUGUUUUAUACCUAAGUUUUUAUCUAUCUAUCUAUCUAUCUAUCUAUCUAUUUAUUUAUCUAAAUCUGAUCAUUAUUUUACGUUAUCUGUGUUUUAUGUCGAACUUUUUUUUAUCUAUCUAUCUAUCUAUCUAUCUAUCUAUCUAUCUAUCUAUCUAUCUAAAUCUGCUCAUUAUCUUUCUAGAUGUUUACGUUAUCUGUACUUUAUACCGAUAUUUUUUUAUCUAGCUAGCUAG